CCGGACCGUCGCGGGAUGUUUUAUAGAUUCUACGAUCGCUACCGCAUAUUCAACGAUCGACGUACUCGACCAUUUCCGUUCAGAUUCUAUUGGGAGGAUUUUGGCGUUCCAGUAUUAACAAUCCACAAUGUAGACCCUUGCAUUGAAGAGAAUGGUGAGAAUCAUCGUACAUCCAGAUAUGACCUGAUAACCCGUCAGGAUGACAAAGCAAGACUCGUUGUAAGACGUGGUCAGGAAUUUUAUUUGCAUCUCAGUCUAUCUCGAGACUAUAGUUCUUCUAUAGACGGUAUUUCUAUCGUUUUUACCUUGGACGGCGUCGAGAGGCCACAAUAUGGGCACGGAACGUUGGUAGCAACCGCUUUGCUCCACCCCGGAGAGAUUUCGGAAGCUGCCUGGCAGACUACCAUAGAUGCCAGAGGACCAAAUUUCUUGAGAAUAAAGGUUGUGACAUCCCCAAAUGCAAUUAUAGGUAGAUGGAAAAUGGAUAUCGAUACCAAGAACAAGGAAUCUGAAGGUGCUGUCAGUUAUACGAUGGAUCAGCCAUUUUAUUUGAUCUGUAAUCCGUGGUGCAAAGACGAUGUAGUGUACUUGGACGGUGAGGCUGAACGUCAAGAAUACGUAUUGGCAGAGGAUGGUUUAAUCUGGCGCGGCAGUCACAACCGUUUGCGACCCACCGUGUGGAAGUACGCACAAUUCGAACGGGAUAUUUUAGACUGCGCCUUGCACCUGAUGAACUAUGUUGGCAAGGUCCGCGUCUCCGGCAGGAAUGACCCGGUCAUCAUAACGCGCUGUUUAUCUGCUGCGGUGAAUUCUCCUGAUGACAACGGGGCGGUAAUGGGAAAUUGGUCGGACGACCAUGGGGGCGGAACACCACCUACGAGAUGGAUGGGUUCACAGAAAAUACUUCAGCAGUAUUACAAGACAAAGAAACCGGUCAAGUAUGGACAGUGCUGGGUCUUUUCUGGUGUACUGGCAACGAUUUGUCGUACUCUCGGUAUACCCUGUCGAGUGGUGACCAACUAUUCGAGUGCGCAUGAUACUCAGGGCAGCUUAACCGUGGACUACUUCGUAAAUGCAGAAGGCAAGAUCAUGGAGGAGCUCAACAGUGAUUCCAUAUGGAAUUUCCACGUCUGGAACGAAGUAUGGAUGAAGCGACUGGAUUUGUCGCCGGAUUGUUCAGGAUGGCAGAUGAUCGAUGCUACUCCUCAAGAACUGAGCGAGGGCGCGUAUCGUUGCGGACCGGCGUCGGUGGCCGCCGUUAAGAAAGGGGAAGUCUUACGUCCCUACGACAACGCGUUUCUUUUCGCCGAGGUAAACGCUGAUAAAGUUUAUUGGCGUUACAACGGGCCUACACAGCCGUUGAAAUUAGUUCGAAAGGAUAUGUAUGGCAUCGGUCAAUUGAUCAGUACGAAAGCGGUUGGUAGAUGGAUAAGAGAAGACAUCACGCACACUUACAAGUAUCCAGAAAAAUCUGAUGAAGAACGUGCUGCCAUGCUAAAGGCGUUACGUCAAAGCGAAUCUUUAUUUAGUCGUUAUUAUCUCAACGAGGAGUUCAACGACGUCAUGUUCACUUUCGAACUGCGCGAUGAUAUCAUAAUCGGGCAGCCAUUCAGUGUUGUAUUACUGAUAAAAAAUCGACAUUCGACACUGGAGUAUCGUGUGUCUGUAAUUCUGAGGGUGGAAACUGUGCUUUACACCGGCCGAGUAGGCGAUCCGGUGAAAAGAUUGCACAUUGACAGACUGGUUCGACCAGGAGUACUCGAGGAAAUUCGCAUGGACGUUUCCUGGGAGGAGUACAGCCCGAGAUUGUUAGAUCAAUGCGCUUUUAACAUCGCCUGCCUAGCCACCGUGAAGGACACAAACUUCGAGUACUUCGCGCAGGAUGACUUUCGUGUUAGGAAACCCGACAUUAAAAUUAUGUUGCACAACGACGCGGUUGUCGGUCAGACUCUUCACGUUUCGGCUAAGUUCCGGAAUCCAUUGCCAAUUCCUUUGAGAAAGGGUAGAUUCCUUAUCGAAGGGCCUGGUCUGGACGAACAAUUAAAACUGAAGCUAUUGGAACCUGUCGAGGUGGAUGCAGACGCGGAAUGUAGCUUUUCCAUGAUGCCGAGGUUAGAGGGACAAGCCAGGAUAGCAGCGAAGUUUUAUUCGAGGGAAUUAGAGGACGUCGAUGGACAUUCAAACAAUUUUAUAGUCAAAUCGACGAAGAUAAUCAAUAAUUCCGAGUGA